GCCAGACGUUCGCUGGAAGAUCAGAAAGCUAGCUUGUGUUUUCUCCAUCGUCCAGCCGAGAGGAGGCUAUGAAGAUCCGGCAUGUGCUCACCCAAUCCAUCACCUUCCUCGUUAUGGUCCUUGUGUUGUUGGUGUUGGUGCCCGAGGGAAUGAUGCUAGUGACGGGUGUCAAGUCACCGGCGAUGGCAGUUUUGUCGGAAAGUAUGGAGCCUGCAAUUAAAAAGGGCGAUAUGGUGUUUGUGCACAACAUGAGCAAUGAACCUUUCCGCGAAGGAGAGGUCGUUCUUUUCAAAGUUGAUGGCUUUGAACAUCCAAUUGUCCAUCGUGUGAUCAAGGUUUACGAGCAUCGAGACACUGGAGAAAUCCGAAUACUCACCAAAGGAGACAACAAUUCAGUGGAUGACCGAUUUCUCUAUGCGAGCGGGCAGCUUUGGCUUCAACCGCAUGACAUUAUUGGACGGGUUGCAGGCUAUCUGCCAUAUGCUGGAUGGCCUAGUGUCUUCAUCAGUGAAGCUUAUAAGAUGUUGCUGAAUGGUGGAAGCACUACAACUCCAGAAGUGCUAUGGGUGUAAAACGUAGGUUUUGAGGGAACUGGCUCAAUCCUCAAAGGGGUGGCUUAUCACAUAUAUAUAAGGAUGACAUACAAGUCCAAUACCAAUAAGGUAUGGUGUACACAGUAGGGCUACAAUACGAAGUCUAACACCCUCCCUCAAUCUAAACUCACUCCUGAAGUAUCUAGGAGGUUGAGAUUGCGCCUAUAGACCUCAAACAUGAGGCUUGGUGAAGAUGUCCGCAAGUUGAUCUUUUGAAGAGAUAAACCUGUCUUGUAGUAGCUUCUGUGCAACACGUUCCCUCACAAAAUGAUAGUCAAUCUCAAUGUGUUUAGUCCGUGCAUGGAACACCGGGUUUGACGGCAGAAACGUAGCACCGAUGUUGUCACACCAAAGGACCGAAGGAUGUGGCUGAGCAACUCCUAGCUCUCGAAGUAGGGACUCAAUCCAUAUAUGUUCAGCAGUUGCAUUGGCAACCGACUUGUACUCAGCUUCUGUGCUGCUGCGGGAAACAAUGGCUUGCUUGCGUGCACUCCAGCCAAUCAGAUUAGGACCCAAGAACACAGCAUGUCCCCCCAUGGAUCGCCUGUCAUCUGGACACCCAGCCCAAUCAGCAUCAGAGAAUGCAGAAAGAACUCCAGAGGAACCGGGGCGCAGGUGAAGACCAAAGGAGACAGUGAGACGCACGUAACGUAGUAUGCGCUUCACAGCAGACUAGUGUACAUCAGUGGGAGCAUGAAGAUACUGGCACACCCUGUUAACCGCAAAGGAGAGAUCAGGAUGCGUGAUCGUCAGAUACUGCAGGCCACCAACAAUACUCCUGUACUCAGUAGCAUCCUCAGGAGAGAGAAGAGCACCAUCAGCAGCAGAAAGGGUGUCAAUGGAGGACAUGGGCGUAGGCGAUGGCUUGCACUUGAGCAUAUCAGCACGACACAAGAGAUCAAGAGAGUACUUCUUCUGGGUGAGAGCCAAACUGCCACGAGACUGAUGAGCGACCUCAAUACCCAGGAAGAAAUGAAGCUGUCCCAAAUCCUUAACUGUAAAAUCACGACCAAGUGCAGUCACAAGAGCAUCAGCAGCCGUCGGGGAUGAGCUCACCAGAACAAUAUCAUCCACAUACACAAGGAGGUACAUGGUCACACUCGGUCGCUGAAACAAGAACAGUGAAGUAUCAGCCGUCGAAGGAAUGAACCCAUGAGUGCGUAGAGCUGAAGCCAGGCGAGCAUGCCAGGCACGGGGAGCCUACUUCAGUCCAUAUAUGGCCUUCGUCAGAUGACAGAGAUGAUGAGGCUGAGUGUGAUCAACAAAUCCAGGUGGUUGCCGCAUGUAAACCUCUUCUUCAAGCAAUCCAUGAAGAAAAGCGUUCUGCACAUCAAGCUGGCGGAGAGACCAUCCACGAGAAACUGCCAGAGACAGAAGAAGUCGAAUAGUGGUAGGCUUGACAACUGGGCUGAAUGUAUCCUGAUAGUCCAGGCCCUGACGCUGUUUAAAGCCCUUAGCCACGAGGCGUGCUUUGUAGCGCUCAAUGGAACCAUAUGCAUGUUUCUUCACCUUGAACACCCACUUUGAAUCAAUGAUGUUGACGCGAGACGGAGGGGGAACAAGUGUCCAGGUCUUAUUCUUUAUAAGAGCAUGAUAUUCUUGUUCCAUAGCAGCCCUCCAGUGUGGAAUACUCAUAGCGGCUUGAUAACUGCGUGGUUCGGCGGUUGGAUCAUCCACAGCAUGAGCCAGGCAAGCAGCAAGAUAGGUGACCGUGCCAUCGGUGCGCUCCUUGGGACGAACAAUGCCACUGCGGCUGCGAGUGCGUGGACGCCGCGGGGGAGCAAACACCGGGGCCGGCGGGAUGUCCGGAGCAGGUGAGGCUGGUCUAGGGGACUCCGGCGAAGAAGAACCGGGUGACGUCGAGCCGGGCGACGGCGGACCAGGCGACAGCAGGCCAGGCGACGUAGGCCCCGACGGCGUGUGAGCUGCUGCAGACCCGGGCGAAGUAGGCACCAAGGACGCCCGCGCGGAUGCGAGGGCGACGAUGGAGGGGAGUCCGGGCGAGGAGGCGGCGACGGAGACUGCUCAGAGGAGGCCGUCGCAGGCUCUGGCCCGGUCGCAGUAGCCAGCAUGGGCUCCGGCCCAGGCGCUGUUGGAGACGGGGUGCCCGGUGCGGGGUCGAGGGCGGGAGGCGGUGCAUGCACCGGUCGAUUGACGUGCACCACAGGCGACGUAGCGGGUCCGUCAGGGAGGAGUUCCAGGCGAGCUCCACGUCCAAUUCCUGCACCAUGAUUAGGUAACAACAUAGGCGAAUAUGCAUCAUCUUCA